CGCCGGGGCUGCAGCAUGGGCGGCAAGAACAAGAAGCACAAGGCGCCGGGCGCCGCGGCCGUGCGGGCCGCCGUGUCUGCCUCCAGAGCCAAGGCCGCCGAGGCCGGAGCCGCCGCCGAGGCCCAGGCCAAGAAGCCUGUGGCCAGGCCGCCCGCCGCCUCCGGCCCCCGGGAGCCCCGCGUCAGGCCAGGUCCAAAAAUUUAUAGUUUUAAUUCUGCAAAUGAUUCUGGUGGUCCUGCAAAUCUGGAUAAAUCUAUUUUGAAAGUGGUGAUUAAUAACAAACUAGAGCAAAGAAUUAUUGGAGUGAUCAAUGAGCAUAAAAAGCAAAAUAAUGGAGAGGGAGUGAUUUCUGGAAGACUUACUGCCAAAAAAUUACAGGAUUUAUACAUGGCUUUGCAGGCGUUUUCCUUUAAGACGAAGGACAUCGAAGACGCCAUGACUAACACCCUCUUAUAUGGAGGGGAUCUUCAUUCGGCCCUGGACUGGCUCUGCUUGAACCUUUCAGAUGAUGCACUUCCUGAGGGAUUCAGUCAAGAAUUUGAAGAGCAGCAACCCAAAAGUAGGCCAAAGUUUCAGUCUCCUCCAGUGCCAGCCACUGUUCCAUUGCAACCUAAAACCAAAAAGCAGGAAGAGGAGCCUAAGAUUAAGCCAAAAAAGGAAGAAAAAAAUGUGGAAGUGAAUAUGAAAGAAUGGAUUUUGCGGUAUGCUGAACAACAAAAUGAAGAAGAAAAGAGUGAAACUUCUAAAAGUUUAGAAGAGGAGGAAAAAUUUGACCCUAAUGAAAGGUACUUGCACCUGGCAGCAAGACUCCUGGAUGCAAAGGAGCAAGCGGCGACCUUUAAACUGGAAAAGAACAGACAGGGGCAGAAGGAGGCUCAAGAAAAAAUACGGAAAUUUCAAAGAGAAAUGGAAACUUUGGAAGAGCAUCCAGUAUUCAACCCAGACAUAAAGGUUUCACAUCCACAGAAUGAGAGGAAAAAGCCCCCUGUGGCCACAGACGGGGAAUGUGCUUUGAACUUGAAUUUGUUCGAAAAGUCUACAGCUGCUACUGAAGAAGAGAAAGAGAAAAAAAAAGAAACUCGUGAUGUAAGAAAUUUUGACUAUACUGCUCGAAGCUGGACUGGAAAAUCUCCCAAACAAUUUCUGAUCGAUUGGGUCAGGAAGAACCUUCCCAAGAGUCCGAACCCUUCCUUUGAAAAAGUUCCAGUAGGUAGAUACUGGAAAUGUAGGGUAAGGGUGAUCAAGUCUGAUGACGAUGUACUAGUGGUAUGCCCUGCCAUCUUGACAGAGGACGGCAUGCAGGCUCAGCACCUGGGGGCUACGCUGGCUCUCUACCGUCUGGUGAAAGGGCAGUCAGUUCACCAGCUGCUGCCUCCGACGUACCGAGAUGUUUGGCUGGAGUGGAGUGAUGCCGAAAAGAAAAAGGAAGAAUUAAAUAAAAUGGAGACCAAUAAACCGCGGGAUCUUUUUAUUGCCAAGCUUCUGAAUAAAGUGAAACUGCAGCUUCAACAGCAGCAGCAGCAUUCUGGGAAUAAGAGGGAAAACUGUGAAGAUCCUGAGGAAUCCUGGGAAAACUUAGUUUCUGAUGAGGAUUUUCCUGCACUGUCCUUGGAGUCAGAAAAGGCAGAAGAUUUGGAACCUGUUAGAAACCUCUUUAGAAAGUCACAAAGCACACCUAAGUACCAGAGACUUCUAAAGGAAAGACAACAGUUACCUGUGUUCAAACACAGGGACUCGAUUGUUGAAACUCUUAAGAGGCACCGGGUCGUGGUUGUGGCAGGUGAAACAGGGAGUGGUAAGAGUACUCAGGUACCACAUUUUCUCCUGGAGGAUCUGCUUCUAAAUGAGUCGGGGACAAGUAAAUGCAACAUCGUCUGCACCCAGCCCCGGAGAAUCUCGGCUGUGAGCUUAGCCACAAGAGUGUGUGAUGAACUGGGCUGUGAAAAUGGACCUGGAGGAAGGAAUUCUUUGUGUGGAUAUCAGAUCCGGAUGGAAUCUCGGGCUAGCGAAUCUACCAGGUUACUCUACUGUACAACAGGAGUCUUACUAAGGAAACUUCAAGAAGAUGGUCUCCUAACUAAUGUGUCUCAUGUUAUUGUAGAUGAGGUUCAUGAAAGAAGUGUCCAGUCUGACUUCCUACUGGUUAUCUUGAAGGAGAUCUUACAGAAACGGUCCGACCUGCACUUGAUCCUCAUGAGCGCCACUGUGGACAGUGAGAAGUUCUCCUCGUACUUCACCCACUGCCCUGUUCUCAGAAUCUCAGGAAGGAGUUACCCUGUGGAGGUUUUCCAUCUUGAAGAUAUAAUUGAAGAAACGGGCUUUGUACUGGAGAAGGACUCAGAAUAUUGUCAGAAAUUUCUGGAGGAGGAAGAAGAAAUAACCAUUAAUGUUACAGGCAAAGCAGGGGGAAUAAAAAAGUAUCAGGAAUACAUCUCAGUUUCGAGUGGAGCUGGAGCAGUUGCUGAUUUGAAUCCGUUUUACCAAAAGUACAGCAGCCGCACUCAGCAUGCUCUUCUCUAUAUGAGCCCCCAUAAGAUCAACUUGGAUCUUAUUUUGGAACUCCUUGCCUAUUUAGACAUAAGUCCCCAGUUCAGAAAUAUUGAAGGAGCAGUAUUGAUCUUUUUACCCGGCCUUGCUCAUAUUCAGCAAUUGUAUGAUCUCCUAUCAACUGACAGAAAGUUUUCUUCUGAACGAUAUAAAGUGAUAGCUCUGCACUCUAUUCUUUCAACCCAAGACCAAGCUGCAGCGUUCACACUUCCUGCUCCAGGAGUCAGGAAGAUUGUUUUAGCAACAAAUAUUGCAGAGACCGGUAUCACUAUUCCAGAUGUUGUAUUUGUAAUUGACACCGGAAGAACAAAAGAAAAUAAGUACCACGAGAGCAGUCAGAUGAGUUCUCUGGUGGAGACGUUUGUCAGCAAGGCAAGUGCCCUGCAGCGCCAGGGCCGGGCCGGGCGGGUCCGCGAGGGCUUCUGCUUCCGGAUGUACACACGGGAGAGAUUUGAAGGCUUUAUGGACUAUUCUGUCCCUGAAAUCUUACGUGUGCCUUUGGAGGAAUUAUGUCUUCACAUUAUGAAAUGCAGUCUUGGCUCUCCUGAAGACUUCCUCUCCAGAGCCUUGGAUCCUCCUCAGCUUCAAGUAAUCAGCAACGCAAUGCAUCUGCUCCGGAAAAUCGGAGCCUGUGAACUCACUGAGCCUAAGCUGACGCCCUUGGGCCAGCACCUCGCAGCCUUGCCUGUGAAUGUCAAGAUCGGCAAGAUGCUCAUCUUCGGGGCUGUAUUCGGCUGCCUCGACCCAGUGGCAACACUAGCUGCAGUUAUGACAGAGAAGUCUCCCUUCACCACGCCCAUCGGUCGAAAAGAGGAAGCAGAUCUUGCAAAGUCAGCUCUGGCUGUGGCAGAUUCCGACCACCUGACCAUCUACAACGCGUAUCUGGGGUGGAAGAAAGCCAGGCAAGAAGGAGGCUAUCGUUCUGAAACAGCUUAUUGCCGGAGGAACUUUCUCAGCCAGACGUCUCUGCUCACCCUAGAGGAUGUAAAGCAGGAGUUAAUCAAGCUGGUUAAGGCAGCAGGAUUUUCAUCGUCCACAGCUCCUAACGGCUGGGAUGGAAACAAGGCGUCACAGACCCUCUCCUUCCAAGAAAUUGCCCUUCUCAAAGCAGUGCUGGCCGCUGGGCUCUCUGACAGCGUGGGGAAGAUAAUCUGCACGAAGUCCGUUGACGUCACGGAGAAAUUGGCCUGCAUGGUGGAGACAGCCCAGGGCAAAGCGCAAGUCCACCCGUCCUCAGUGAAUCGGGACCUGCAGACCUACGGGUGGCUCUUGUACCAAGAGAAGAUCAGGUAUGCCAGGGUGUAUUUGCGGGAGACGACCCUGAUAAGCCCUUUCCCGGUUUUGCUGUUCGGUGGUGACAUAGAAGUUCAGCACCGGGAGCGUCUCCUUUCUGUCGAUGGCUGGAUCCGCUUCCAGGCUCCUGUAAAGAUAGCCGUCAUUUUCAAGCAGCUAAGAGUUCUCAUUGACUCUGUUCUAAGGAAAAAGCUUGAAAAUCCUAAGAUGUCCCUUGAAAAUGACAAGAUUCUACAGAUCAUUACAGAAUUGAUAAAGACAGAGAAUAAUAAUUGAAACUGAAAUUCACGAUCAGCUGCUUCAAAAAGAUGAAGACACAGUCAUGAAAUGAUGUGGAAAUGGACCCUCCUCCCGUCUUUCCGCACCUCAGUGCUGGUACCAGCCACAGCGAAGGCGGCCGGCGAAAGCACACUUUAAACGUGUAAUUUUCUAGUUCCUUUUUAAUGACAGUUGUUCUCAGUUUAUUUGCCACUACAUUUACAAUAAAUUCUUUGGUAU